UUUUGGAGUUCUGUUCAAGAAAUCUGUAUAUGUCAAGGAAGAUGAUCCACACCAUUCUGACGAAGAGCCUAAUAACCAAGAAAGACAAGGAGCUCUGGUAUUGCUCAAUCAUCAUUGGGGCAUAAACACGUAUGAAUUGCUGUUAGAAUCUGUGAAGAAGAAUGUGGCGACUAAUCUAGAAAAGGCAAAGUACACUAUGAUCUUGGAAUCCGUACCAAAGCUACAAUCGGCUUUCUCUACGAUUGACAAAACAGUCCCACUGGCAGCUUAUUGUGUUUG